UGUUUCAGAUAAACCCUUUGUUUGUAAAAGUAUUGAUUAAGAUGACUGACAGAAAACUAAAGAGACAGAAGCGCUCUUUCACACACGCGCACGCGCGUCGCUGCAUGUUGUUGUUUUGCGCGUGACACGAGCUGCCAGAUCCAGUCCCUCGGUUACUGUACUAAUAUCAGCACUAUUAAUAAUCGUGAUGAGUGAAACAGUGGCUCGAGAGAGAAGCGGACACACCGCGGCGGCGGACGGACAGUAUUUAUAUGUCUGGGGUGGUUAUGUGUCGGUGGCAGAACAUGAAGUUUUUCUUCCAAAUGACGAGCUUUGGCUGUAUGACUUAGAAACUGGGUUAUGGCUCAGGCGUGGCAUGUCCGGGACGGUUCCCCCGUCUCUCUCCGGGACCUGUGGCUGUAUUGUGAACGGACUCCUGUAUAUAUUCGGAGGCUGCUGUGAUGAUGGACAGACUAAUGAACUCUACUCAGUGGAUCUCCACGACGGGGCGUUCAGCUGGAAGAAGCUCGAGCCCCAGUCCGGGUCUCCGCCGUCGCCGCGAGACAAACUGUCCUGUUGGGUUCAUAAAGGAAGAAUGGUGUACUUCGGUGGAUAUGGCCACAAGCUGCGCAGCGACAUCAGGGACCCGAAGAGCUUCGCUGUGGAUGAAGCAUCAUGGGCCGAGGACGUCUUCUGGGGGUGGAGCAGUGAAACACACGAGUUUGAUCCGGGGAGCAGAAGAUGGACUGAACCUCAGACCUUUGGUCGCGCUCCCGCACCGCGAGCCGCUCACGCUAGUGCUACGAUCGGCAGUAAAGGUUUCGUAUGUGGAGGGAGAAUAAAGGAAACUAGAACAUGUGAUGUGUUUUGUCUGGAUUUGAAUUCAUGGACAUGGUCAGAAAUCGUCUCCUGCAGCGUCUCUCCCUCGGGUCGCUCAUGGCACACACUCUCACCAGUGUCUGACUCCGCACUCUUUCUGUUCGGUGGACUCAGUGAAGACUGCAGACCCAUGAGCGACGGCUGGCUGCUGGAUCUGGAGACGCGAGUCUGGGCGAGGAAGGAGCAUCCGCACGAGGACAAGCCACGGCUUUGGCACAGCGCUUGUCCCGGAAGAGACUCAGAUGUGAUUGUGUUCGGAGGAAGUCAUGAUUAUAUUCUUCUGGUGGACAAAGCUAUGCCAGGACUUCAUCGCAAACCAUUCCAGUGUGUUUCAGUCCCAGAUCCUGUGUUUACCACCCAAGCUGAGGCGCGCUGUGGAGAACCGGACCAGCAGAACAUCACAGAACCUAUUCAGAACCGCCCAGUGAUUCGCUUUAUAAGAAGCUACUGCGUAACACUUUAUUUUACAGUGUCCUUGAUACAUAAGUUACAUGUACUUACAGAUGACAUCACAGUUUCCUCCAGAGCGGCUAUAUAUAUAAAUUAACUUAAAUUAAUAACUUUUUUACAACAAAAAUUACCCAUCACUGAACUUACUUAAGCUGGACUGUGACGCUAUUCUCUUCUAUAAACAAACUGUGUGUCAU